CCCCGCCCGCGUAAACGCCCGCGCCCUCCCGCGGGGGGGGCGGGGCGCGCGCGCCGCGCGGGGCCAUGGCGGUCAUCGCGGGGCGCACGGCGCCCCAGGAGGCGAGCUGCCGCGCCUCGCCCCAGGAGGCGGGCGGCCCGCGCCCGGGGGCCUUUGUCGCCCAGGUGGUGGUGCCCGUGCGCUCCGAGGUGCGCGCCCAGACGCAGGCGGGGACCGGCACCCGCCCGGUGGCGCGCAUCCGCUCGACUGCAAGGCGCGGGACAGGAUCCAAGGACAAGCCCGACCACACCGCGGCCCUCGAGGGGCCGCCCUGGAUGGUGCGCAUCGCGGAGCUGGACCGCAAGAUGGACGUGGCCCUGGGCCAGCUGCAGACCUGCGUGGCGGGCCUCGACGAGGUGAAGGGCCGCCUCGCGGAGGCGACGGUCUCCCCGCGGGGGCACGGCGGCUGCAAGCGCCCGCAGCCGGACGUCGGCUGGGAGCGCCCGCACAGCGGCAUCGGGGCCUGGCCCUCGAGGGAGGUCUCGGUCGAGGAGGUGGGGAACUCCAGCGAGACCAGCAGGAAGAUCGCGGGGGCCUGGCUGCAGCCUGUGGCUCCCGACUGCGCCGACGCCAAUCUCAGGGAGUCCAGUCACGAGGGCGUGCGCAAGGCGAGCGACAAGGACCCGGCGUGGUCGGGCGGCGGACGGCCAAGGCCGGUGGACGAGGACUCCGAGCCGAGCAGAGCGCCGACGAACACGUCUGUGCAGGAUGACUUGCGUCUGCUGUGCCUGAAGAACGGGGACACCGUCCGCGUGUCCAUGACCGAGCCCGGCGACGCUUCCCCGCUGCCGCCCGCGCUCCACCGCAUGCUCUCCGCUGGGAAGGGCGCCCUGACCGAGAAGGUAUGGAACGUCAUGAACAACGACGACAACUCGCUGGAGGCCACCUGGUGGGCCAGGCUGUGGGUCUGCUUCCUGCUUCUCUCCGUGCUCUUCACCCUGAUGCAAGCGCUGGAGUCGCCCCUGGUGCCGCCGGUCGGGGCCGCCGCGGUGGAGACGGGAAUCGACAUGCUGUUCGGGCUCGAGCUCGUGGUGCGGUUCCUCACCGCUCCUGACAUGAAGCACUUUGUCACGAGCCCGUUCAUUGUCGUCGACGUCGUAUCGAUCCUGCCGAUUGUGCCCCGGGCGCUGGUCGGCUUCACGCUCCCGCAGCGCCUGGACUCCCGCGACGUGCCGGCGCUCCUGCUGGUGUGCGUCGUGCCCGUGCUGCGCCUGGCGAAGGUGCUGCGGUGGACCGGCGUGCAGGGGAGGCUGUUCCAGAGGGUCCUCGCAUCGACGAUGGAGACGCUGCAGUUCCUGGCCCUCUGCGGCAGCCUGAUGGUCCUGACCUUCGCGUUCUGGAUCUUCCUCGUGGAGCCUCGGGAGAGCGUGGACACCUACUGGAAGGCGAUCUGGUUGACGAUCGUGACAAUGACCACCGUCGGCUAUGGGGACGUGACUCCAGAGACCACAGAGGGUCACGUUGUCAUAUCGAUCCUCAUCGUCUGCAGCGUUCUGUUCAUGGCGAUCCCCGUCGGCGUCCUCGGGAACGCCUUUGCGUUCGUCUGGAGCGAGCGCGACCUGAUCCUGCUCGUAGACCAGACCCAGCGGCGGCUUGCCCAGUGGGGCUACACCCCGUCGGACCUCCCCGAGUUCUUCCUCCGCUUCGAUGCCGACGGGGAUGGGGAGCUGUCCCUGGACGAGUUCAUCCAGAUGAUGACCGCGCUGAAAGUCACGCUCAACAGCGACCGGAUGAUCGACCUCUUCGAGGUCUUCGACCGGGACCACGGAGGGAGCAUCGACGACAAGGAGUUUAUGCGGGCGGUGUUCCCGAAGGCCUUCCACGAGUGCGUGCAGCGGGAGAAGGAGGAGAAGGAGGAGAAGGAGCGCCAGGAGGCGUUCCUGAAGAAGAAGGCGAUCCGGGAUGAGCACCAGCGGAGGGCUUGGCUCGAGCAGGGGGGCGUGGCGUCCGGCACCCUCGUGGCCACGGAGGAGCGCCCCACGGUCGUCGCCGUCGGGCCCACCGCCGUCGCGCAGUUUGACGGCCCGUCCGAGUCCAGGAGCCCCUCCUGGCAACUGCCGUGCCUCGUCGACGCGGGGCGGCCAGAGGCCGAGGCUGCGCCCGAGGACGAGCGCGACAUCGAGAUUGCGGCCGAGGAGCUGCUCCAGACCAUCUGCAUCGGCGAGGCGCAGGAGC